AUGGCAGCUCGAUCAGGUGGACAAGCGGAUUAUCUCUAUCCCAACAAAGACAUCCCAGCUCCGUUGCCGGAGGAUUUCUAUAAAGAGUGGCUUGCCGGCGGCAAUCCCGCUUCUCAAGCUCAGGCUUCGACUAGAUCGCAACCGGGUCCUUCUGCAACGGAGGCACUUGUUGAGCAGCUCAUCAAAGAAAAUCAAGAUCUGAUUGAGAAGGAAGCGUUAAAACAAGUAAGGCAUGCACGUGAAAACCAUGUUUGUCAUUUUUUUGCUGUUCCAGUUGUCAUCUUUCUCUUGUAAUC